CGGCCCUUAAUGACAGAGAUAAAAGUUCUAUGACCUGUUUCCUUCUAAUUAUUCAUAAACUGUUUCGUCAGACUAAUGCAGUCACAUAAAAUUUGAGAUUCGUGAUCAGUGUUGUGGCAUUAGAAUUUUUGAAUCGACGUAUUUUAUUUAUAUAUCACCAUGUUUUUAUAUUUGUUGUGUGUUAUUUUAUUUACCAGUGCGAUUGUCCAGACAGCACCGACUGAAUCGACGGCAAUUAAUUUUAAUGAAGAAAGUAUAUUAUCAACUGUAAGUGAACCGAUGACCACAUGGAAGUCAUUAAUUGUUAAUGAAACAAUUAAUUUAGCCACGCAAACGUCUGAAACACAGACCCCUGUUAUUUCAUUAAAAUACACGAACGUUUCUCGAAAUGUCGAAUCGAGUGGUGAAAUUAUUACAGAAACGCCUGAAGCAUCAACAACGGUCUUGAAAACUGACACUGACGAAAUUAUAUCUAUAGACACUGUGACUCCUGUCGACGAACCUAUUGUCUUUACUUUGAAACCAUAUACAGUGGGUGCAACUAUAAUUAAUGCUACAGAAAUUCCUCACGCUUCAACUAUUAUAUCAAAAAUAUAUACUAACGGUGAAACAGCUGCUGAAACACCAGCUUCUGAAGCACUAACUAAUUUAUAUACAUUAAAACCAAUUAGCAAUGAAGAAAUCAGUUUCACAUCCGAGAUAACUACAGAAGCAUCACAAAUUUCAUCUACUGCUGAAAUAAGUACAACACCAAUUACUCAAGCUCCAACUAUUUUUACUGCAUCGGAAUCAACUACAUUCAAAACUAGUACUCUUACACCUGAAAAAACUACAGGAAUACCAACUACAGAAGUUCAAAUUGACUUUAGUACAUCAAAAUCAGUUGCAGAUGAUGCAGUUACUAGAUUAACUACUGAAUCAAUUACAGAAAAACCAAAUGUAGAAACUCAAACUGUUACUACUACACAACAAUCGACUACAGACAUCAAAACUAGUACUUUUGUAUCAGAAUUAGCUACAGAAACUCCAACUACAGAAGCUCAAACUGUUUUUACUACACAACAAUCGACUACAGACAUCAAAACUAGUACUUUAAUUUCAGAGUUCACUACAGAAACUCCAACUACUCAAGCUCAAACUAACUUUAGCACAUCAGAAUCAACUACAGAUGAUGCAGUUACUAGAUUAACUACUGAAUCAAUUACAGAAAAACCAACUACAGAAGCUCAUACUGUUUGUACUACACAACAAUCGACUACAGACAUCAAAACUAGUACUUUAAUUUCAGAGUUCACUACAGAAACUCCAACUACUCAAGCUCAAACUAACUUUAGCACAUCAGAAUCAGCUACAGAUAAUGCAGUUACUAGAUUAACUACUGAAUCAAUUACAGAAACUCCAACUACAGAAGCUCAAACUGUUUUUACUAUACAACAAUCGACUACAGACAUCAAAACUAGUACUUCAAUUUCAGAGUUCACUACAGAAACUCCAACUACUCAAGCUCAAACUAACUUUAGUACAUCAGAAUCAACUACAGAUGAUGCAGUUACUAGAUUAACUACUGAAUCAAUUACAGAAACUCCAACUACAGAAGCUCGAACUGUUUCUACUACACAACAAUCGACUACAGACAUCAAAACUAGUAUUUUAAUUUCAGAGGUCACUACAGAAACUCCAACUACUCAAGCUCAAACAAGUUUUACAACAUCAGAGCCAACUACGAAUAUCAAAACCACUUCUUUUACCCCUGAAAUAACUACAGAAAUACUCGAAACUUCUACAACCACACAGCCCGAAACAACUAAUGCAAUACCUACCGAAUUAACUUUGGCCGAAGUUUUUAUAAAAGUUCUUCAGUCCUUGUCUCAGUCGGCCACAUCGCAGUCGCCAAAAAUUCCAAAAGCUCCAACCCCGCCAAAAUUUACUUACACCCCUUACAACUACCAGUUCGUUCUAAAAUCGGGAACACCCAACAGCUGUAGUUGGUAUCAAGUUAAAUGCACUGAUUAUUCACCAUUCGAUAACAAUAAUCACUGUACUUAUACACUCAUAGGUGAUUGCAAUGACUACAAGCCAUAUCAAAUUUUGUCAACCCAUCAAAUAGUUCAGCCCUCAUAUUAUUCAUAUUUAUUCAACUAUCAGUAUAUUUACAAACAGCAAUCUUACCAUCAGUGUAUUAUAUAUCAAGUUAGAUGUGUGUACUACAGUUUAAUCUUUGAUCAAUUUGAUUACUGUAAUAAUGAGUAUUUAGGCAGAUGUUCGUCAUAAAAUUGGUGAUUAAAUUAACUCUUGAAUUUAUUAACCAACCGGAAAUAAUUUUAUUAUAUUUUUAAAUAAGAUAUUUAUGAUUAAUCAAGACGAUAAAGUGUAAUUAUAAUUGUCAUCAUUUCAUAUUAUCUGUAUGAAUGUACUUGAGAACAAAUCAGUGUAACGGAGAUUCUCUGAAUUGAAAAAUAAAAUUUGAUGUAAUCUGAUUGUAUGUCUGUAUGAUGUAAAAAUAAUAAGACGAUUGUAUCUAUCAAUAAAAAACUAAUAGUAAUAACAGAUAAAAUUUGUUUUU